AUGGGAGGCUUCAGCAAAUUCACAGACUUGGCUCAACAAGUCGCAGGCAAGGACCAAGCCAAGACAGAUCAGCAGCAGCCGCAGCAGGGCUCAUCCUCCCAGACGACCGCAACUAAUGACCAAAAGUGGGUCGAGGUCGGCUCAGCGGCUAAGAAGGCCUUUGCUGGCUUCCAGACGGACCAGGCCGGUGGCAAGGGGCCUGAUUACACAGAGAUUGGAGUUGUUGCGCAGAGAGCGUUUACGGCUUACAACGAUGGCAGCGGCGGUGAGGAGGGUGGGAAGAGAGAUCUGACUGAGAUUGGGAAGGGGAUCGCUGCUGGGUUUGGUGGUGAUGGUGCAAAGGAUGGGAGUAUGAAGGGAAUUGGUGGAGGUGGGGAAAUGGAGGAGGGGAAGGUUGAAGGGACUGACAAUUUGAUGGCUGCUAAGGGGAUCGGCGAAGCUGAAGAUGACGCCUUUGGUGGAGGGCAACGUACCAAGAUCCAGGAUGGUGAUGAUGGUGAUCUGGCCGUCUCGGUUUCGAAAGCGGAAGAUACCACCACCGGCCUGGCGAGUAAGAAGCUCUCAGGAGGGGAACUGGACUCCUCUAAUGAGAAGCCGGGGUUGGAUCCGCACACCGGGCAAGACGUACGCGGGGACGGCUCUGGUUGUGAGAAGGGCGGUUUGGGUGAAGAUGAGGGCGUCUUUGCUGGCGAGGAGGGGAAGAGCAGUAAUGACAACAGGAGUGGCGAGACGACAACUGGGCAAGGACUCGGUGGCUCGGGACAGCAGUCUGUGGGCAUUGCCGGCGACGAAGAAGAGACUGUUGGGUAUCAGUCGGUGAAGAGACGGAGCGAGUGA